CAUGAAACUGCAAAAUGCUGAUAAUUUUCUUCAUUUUACAUCGAUGAAGCAAAAUUUAAAGUUAUACUUAUUUUAAACUUUAAUGUAUAAAUAUGAGUCAUUCUUUGGUUGUGUUAUUGGGUAAUGGAAGACGACAGCGCGUAAAUGUGAAACCAACCACUCCGGUUCUAUUGGUUUUGGAAGAAGUAUGUAAGAAACAAGGAUUAAAUGCGGACGAUUAUGACUUGAAAUUUCAUAGUCGAAUUCUUGAUCUUACAUCAACCGUGCAAUUUUGCGGCGUGUCCAAUAAUGCUCAAUUAGAGUUAAUUCCUGCUGCAAAAUCUCGAGUGGCGUCUCCUGUUUCGGUUUUCUUGCAGUUGGAAGAUGGGAACCGACUUUCUGGAUCCUUUUUACCUUCAUGUACCUUAUCAGAUAUCAUCAACCAAUUAUGUAGUGAAGAAAUUAAAUCGAAAGAAAAUCCAGUGGUGAUUUAUACUCGACAAGAAGUCAUAGGUGAUAAGUUGAAAACUACUACUUUGAAAAUGUUAGGAUUAACCAGUGGAAAUGCCUUACUGAGAUUAAUGCAUCGUACUAGAGAACAGUUGAAAACUCAAUCCGUUUCCAAAAUUUGUACGCUACAACCUAAACCUAAACCUGUCGAAGAAAAGAAACCAAAACCUGAAGAAUCGCUUACUAAAAACACUGAAAAAAUUAAUGAACCGAGUGAUAGUAAAGUAGAAAACGCCGAUGAAGCAAUCGUAUCAAAUCAAGAUGAAUCACAAGAUAAUACAAGAGUAAAUGUAGCCGAAAAGAUGGAUAUUGACGAAGAUGAUGAAAAAACACCUUCGCCAGAAAGCCCACCUAAAAAAGAAGAAACACUAGUAGCAUCUCCUUUGCAGAAAAAAGAAGAACCAAGUACCUCAAGAAAUGUUCGUAAAGAUGAUUCAGACGAAGAAACUGCGCCUUUUAAUAUUAACGAAGUUCAAUACAUCGGCGAAAGAUAUGCGUUAAUAUUUAAAAUCGAUUCCGUUCAAUCACCCAGAUUUGAUGACCAAACCGAUGACUUCUACGAGCUUACUGUUGAAGAUGCCAAAACUCUUCUACGCGAUAUUAAACGCACGCGAUCUGAAUUAGAAGAAGCAUCUUUAGAAACGUCUUCGAUUAGAGCUCGUAAAAAAUCAUUACAACUUGAACGUACAUUAACGUUAUAUCCGCAUUGUGUUAUUCGUAUAAUCUUUCCGAAUAGAAUAGUCCUUCAAGGAGUGUUUAAAUCAUCCGAGACUGUCCUAGAAGUCGUUAAAUUUGCUAAAAAUUUCUUAGAAACGCCAUCUUUAGAUUUUUAUCUUUAUAUAUCACCACCGAAAACCAUUUUGAAGAAUGAUCAAAGACUAGUGGAAAUCGGUGCAGUUCCUGGCAUAAAUUUAUAUUUUGGUAGCGAAUCUAUUGAUUAUAAUUCAUCUCAAGAUUUUAUUCAAGAAAAAUUCAUAAAAAGACUCGUAUCACCGAGUAUUGCUUUCAGAGUUGCGAAUCAUUUUAGAAAAAUGUCGAAGAAGAAUAAAGACACCGAACCGAAACAUCUACCAGAAAAUAUAGACAGAGAUGCUGAACAAGAUUUAGCACCAAGUGCCAGACCAGCAGCUGUGAAACCACCCGUCUUACCAAAAAAUGCCCCAUCCGGCAAAGUACCUAAAUGGUUCAAAAAACCUUGAGAAUGAAUUUUUCUGACCGAAAAAUUAUACCUCUAAAAUAUUCUUUACUUUCAAAUGAGAAUUUUAGAAAGGUAAAUUAUAUUGUGGUAGUUACUUCUAUAAUACCUUAUUUUUCAUUACAAUGUUUUUUUCUUUUUGUAAUGUGAAUGUCCGAGUUAAAAAAUAUAAUUCUUUCGAUGCUGCGUUUUUACAA